AUGAUGAACUCAUUUUUGGAAUCGGUGCCACCCCACCCGCACCCGCACCACUUGGCAAAUUUAGGAAUAAAAUUAUCCCCGGGUCCUAACGACGUUUUGGGAGACAACAAUGUGGUGCAGCCUUCGCCUGGUGAAGCACCUUCGUCCCAACAGCACCAUCAUUAUCACCCACAAAGUUACCCAGGACACCACCCGGCCCACCCAGCCGGACACAUACUUCCACACAUGGGCCACCACCCAGGGUACACGACUCGCGAUUUUAUCCUGAGGCGCGAACACGAAUUCAACGCGACGGCAAAUCCAACUACUCCGGAGAGUGGAUUGGGACUGUUCACGCCCCUGCACCAUGAUGGCUCUGGAACGGGCAUGCAGCAGUUCUCUCAUCAUGGGCAGCACCAUCCCCUGGCGGCCAGCCACUACCCGGGUCACUAUGGUCAGGACGCCAGACUGCCCCAUCACCACCAUCAAUACCUGGGGCCUCCUCAUCCAGGCCUGACGCCCUCGAUCCACCAGCAACACCCGGUGAGCCACCCGAGCCACCAUCCUCAUGGAGCUUUCUUGAGGUACAUGAGGGGCGGCGGGUCCGGGUGUGGUGGCAUGGCCCAGAGACAGGAGAUGUCCUGCAUGUGGGUCAACCAGGACGACAACCCUGCCACCGGGAGGAAGCUUUGCGGGAAACCUUUCAAUACUUUGCAGGACAUUGUCACGCAUUUGACGGUGGAACACGUGGGUGGACCCGAAUGCACCACGCACGCGUGCUUCUGGCAAGGCUGCUCCAGGAACGGCAGGGCGUUCAAGGCCAAGUACAAACUUGUCAAUCAUAUUCGUGUUCAUACUGGAGAAAAACCGUUCGCUUGUCCCUUUACUGGCUGUGGAAAGGUAAUGAAAAAUUUACUCAUCCAAAAUAUGAAUAUUUAUUCAAUUUAA